GUCUGGGUCUGGGGUGGAAGGUUGGCCUAGGAAUCGACUUGCGCUAUGUCUUUAAUCCUAAGGGCGGGACUCUUGUCACUCAAACAUCACCAACCAAUCAGUGCCUCUAGGCCGAACUGCCAGUCAGAAGUCUUGCAGGGCUCUUCCCAGGCCUCCACUGCUCCUUUUGGGUUGCCGAGAAGCUGGGGCCAGUGUUUUCUUUCGCCUUUUGUGCUGCUAGUGCUGCUGCAGGGAGCUGUGAGAGGGCCGCGGGCGAGCCGGGAAGCCAGGAGGACAUGAAUGCAGUGACCUAUGAUGAUGUGCAUGUUGACUUCACUUGGGAAGAAUGGACAUUGCUGGAUCCUUCCCAGAGGAAUCUCUACAAAGAUGUGAUGUUGGACACCUACAGGAACCUCACUGUCAUAGGAUACAGUUGGGAAGACCAUAAUAUUGAAGAACAUUUUCAAAAUUCUAGAAGACAAGAAAGGCCUGAACGAAAUCACACUGGAGAGAAACCUUCUGUGUGUAGUCAGUAUGUUAAAGUCUUUGCUUAUGACAGGCAUCUUCAAAGGCAUGAAAGCACACAUAUUGGAGAGAAACUGUAUGAAGUUAGUCUAUGUGGUGGAGCCUGUGAACGUGAGAGAAAUCUUCAAAUGAAUGAAAGAGCACAGACUGAAGAGAAACCCUAUGAAUAUAAUCCAUGGGGUGGGGCCUUUACUCCUCACAGUCAUCUCCGAAGGCAUGAAAGAACACAUACUGAAGAGAAGCCCUAUGGAUGUGAUCAGUGUGGUAAAGCCUUUGCACAUCCUAGGAAUCUUCAAAUGCAUAAAAAAACACAUAGUGGAGAGAAACCCUAUAGAUGUGAUCAGUGUGGUAAAGCCUUUGCACAUCAUAGAAACCUUCAGUUACAUAAAAGAACACAUACAGGGGAGAAACCCUAUGGAUGUGAUCAGUGCGGUAAAGCCUUUGCACAUCAUAGUAAUCUUCAAAUACAUAAAAGAAUACAUACUGGAGAGAAACCCUACGGAUGUGAUCAGUGUGGUAAAGCCUUUGCACAUCCUAGAAAUCUUCAAGUACAUAAAAGAACACAUACUGGAGAGAAACCCUAUGAAUGCAAUCAAUGCACUAAAGCCUUUGCACAGCAAAGUCAUCUUAAAUGCCAUAAAAGAACACAUACCGGAGAGAGACCGUAUGAAUGUAAUCUAUGUGGUAAAGCCUUUACAUGUCACAGUAGUCUUCAAAUACAUAAAAGAAUACAUACUGGAGAGAAGCCCUAUGAAUGUAACCAAUGUGAAAAAGCAUUUGCUGAUUUCAAAUCUUUUCAAAUUCAUAAAAGAAGCCAUACUGGAGAGAAACCAUAUGAAUGCAAUCAAUGUGGGAAAGCCUUUACACAACACACUAAUCUUCAAACACAUAGAAGAAAACAUACUGGAGAGAAACCCUAUGAAUGUAGUCAGUGUGGUAAAGCUUUUGCAUGUCACAGUAGUCUUCAGAUACAUAAAAGAACACAUACUGGAGAGAAACCCUAUGAAUGCAAUCAGUGUGCUAAAACCUUUGCACAAAUUGGUCACCUCCAAACACAUAAAAGAACACAUACUGGAGAGAAACCCUAUGAAUGUAAUCAGUGUGGUAAAGCCUUCACUUCUCACAAUGCUCUUCAAAUGCAUAAAAGAACACAUACUGGAGAGAAACCCUAUGAAUGUAAUCAAUGUGGUAAAGCCUUUACACAACAUGGUAAUCUUCAAACACACAGAAGAAGACAUACUGGAGAGAAACCCUAUUAAUAUAGUCAAUAUCAUAAAGCCUUUGAAUGUCACAGUAAUCUUCAAAUGUAUACAAGAACACAUACUGGAGAGAAACCGUAUGAGUGUAAUCAAUGUGGUAAGGCAUUUCCUCACCAUAAUGGUCUUCAACUACAUGAGGGAACACAUAUUGUUGAGAAACCCUAUGAAUCACUGUGGUAAUGUCUUUGCGUUAAUCAGCAAUCUAUGAACUUAUCAGAAAAAGAUGUACUGCAGAUAAACCCUAAAAAUAUAGUCAGUGUGACAAAAUUUUGCAGUUUAUACAGGAGUAAACCUGUUUGUGUGCAGUCAAUCUAUUAAAGCCUUUGUUUAUUGCAAUAGUCUUUGAGUGAGCCUGGCGAUGGUGGUGCACGCCUUUAAUCCCAGCACUC